UCCAGCGUAAGAAGAAGAUGUACCACGACGAUGGCUUCUGACGGAACUGACGGUGGUAAUUCAUGCGCUUGUAAAGGCAUCCGGCGGUGUCUCACAUGUGAAAGGUUUAAAGACAAAGUACACAUCGAGGCAAGCGAAACGAAGGUUGUGCAGCAUUUCCUCUACACUCCUGAGACGAGGCUCGCUGUGUGCAAAGAUGGAGAGGGCGCUUCUUUCCCAUUUCCUGGGAUCUUCCUGUGGGAGAACUUUAUAUCAGAGGAGGAGGAGAAAGAGCUGGUUAGCUCAAUGGACCAUGACCUGUGGAAUCUGUCCCAGUCUGGUCGAAGGAAACAGGACUUUGGACCGAAGGUGAACUUCAAGAAACAAAAAGUGCGUGUAGCAGACUUUACUGGACUUCCUGCUUUAAGUCAUAAACUAGUACUGCGGAUGCAGCAAGAGCCGAGCCUGGUAGGCUUUCAGCCGGUGGAGCAGUGCAAUCUGGAUUACGAUCCUCAGCGAGGCUCAGCCAUCGAUCCGCACCUAGACGACUCGUGGCUGUGGGGGGAGCGGCUGGUCACCGUCAACAUGUUGUCCGACACUGUACUCACCAUGUCUCUUGAGCAGGGUCUGUCAGAACUGGGACUAGCGGAGGAAAUCCAUGUGGCUAUAAGACUUCCUCGCAGGUGUUUAGUAGUGGUGUACGGUGAAGCGAGGCAUAGAUGGAAACACGCCAUCCACAGGGAAGACGUUCACCAACGCAGAGUCUGCAGCACGUUCAGGGAGCUGUCUGAAGAGUUCCUACCUGGAGGGCAGCAGGCGGAGCUGGGAGCUAAACUGUUGACUAUUGCUUUAAGCUUCAAGGGAACUCCUGUAUAA